AAUGAAAAUGAUGGGCAGACAAAGUUAUUUUACUCUUUCACUGCUGUUUCUUACUUGCUUAAAUGCCUUUGAAUUUUUUAUAAAAUAUACAUCUUUAAUUACUACAAACUCCAGACCACUUUUUAAUAUUGAAAAGUUUAUAGGCUCACCAACUUGCAGCUUAAAAACAAGAAAACCUGAUGGAACUGAACUAUAUAGAGUAUCUCUUGAUCUAACUGAUAGUAUUAUUUAUCACACUUUUCCAGACAAUAUCUUUCAAAAUAUAGAAAAAGUCGUGACAAUUACUCACAGCUUUACAUGUACUGAAGGAGAGAAUUCUGCUUCUUUUGACUUGAAAUCUCAAUUUUUCCCUGUUGAUUACAUACCUCAACUUUUUGAAGUCAAGAUUAAAAUUUCAAUGAUGGAAGAAUCAUCAAAAGACAUCUUUUUCUUUAGUGAUGGUUUUAAAACCUAUUGCAACUACUCCAUUCCCAAUGCUAAUGAAGCAUCCUUGAAUAAAUAUGAAAAAGUGUUUAUUGAUAAAACUGAAGAUAUUGUUACAGCUACUAAAAUUGGUUCAACAAAGUCAACAUUGAUGAGAUUAACUUGUGAAAUAGUUGAAUCAGCUGAAUUUAGCCUGGAAAUUCCAAUUUAUUUUACCCUUAACAGUGAUCCAUGGACUUCUGUAUCAGGUGAUCCACAUAUGAAACAAAUUGUUUUGGAUUAUCCAAGUUUGAUUACUAAGGCUAUAUGCUAUGAUGUUAGUGGCUCACCUGGAGAUUAUUUACAUAUUGCUGGCUUUAGUUUAAGUGGAAUUCAAGUUUAUGGACAGCUUAAGGAUGAUUACUAUAUGCAUAAGAUCAUUAUAAAAUCUGAUUCUGGUAAAAUAACUACUUCAACUAACCAUAUCAUUCUUGACAAUGGACAAUUAAUUAACUGGACUGGAAAUAUGCAAAAAAGUACCUUUAAAUCUAAAGAAUUUCAAUAUUUGAUUACUAGAAAUCAUGUCUUUAUAACAUCAUUAGAAAAUGGUGGAAAAAUGAUUAAAAUAGAGAAAUCUAUACAUUCUUCUUCAGAAAAUCACUUGGAUGCAAGUUUUAAAUUGUCACCAGAUGAUUAUAAAGAAAUGGAUGGACUUGUAGGUGAUAUUGGAAAAAAGAAAUACAUAUUUCAUGAAGAAAUUCAAUCAGACAGGAACAUUGGAUCAAAAUUUAUUUCUAUAGACAUUGAUAACAAGAUAAUAAAGGGAGUAAAAGUGGAAAGAGGCAAUGAAGAAUGUUGGUUGAUUAAUGUUAAUGAUAUAUUAAAACCAUUCAAUAUAUCAAAGUAUCUCUACAAAACUAUGCAUGUUUUUUAAAAAACACACACACAAAGUAAUAGUUUUAUUAUCUGUCUUAACAUUUGUCUUUUUUAAAAUUUUAGCUUCUUAAUGGCCUCUUUCAAUUAUUUUGUGUAUGACAAAGUAUCCAAAAAGCGAUACAAUUCUUUUACGGAUUUAAUAAGUUUCAUAUCAAUGACACAGCUUAAUUAAUAACAUAUAUAAUUGCAUAAUUUCCACUAAAAUGCUUCAAUUCAGAGACAUUAAAUAAUUAUCAAUAAAAUCUAUUCUUAUAUGGGAAUGUAUUGGUGUUCUGUCUGAAUCUGCUCACCUCCCUUUCUG